CUCCCAGGGCCUGUCAUUGUGUCCAGCCCAGGCCACCCCUCGGCUGGACCGCUUAGUUCUGAGGAAGGCUUCACGGUGGGCCUUGGGGCUCACACGGGCCGGGGGCCUCUGCUUCCUCGUGCCCCCUCCCCCCAGUCGGGCAUCAGGAGGGGGACGUGGCUUGGGCACAGCUUCUCCCUCACUCUGGAGGGCGGCUUGGUCACCUCUGUCCUAAAGCCCUGGGCCCACCCAGGAGACGUCAGGAGGCCCCUGCUUGCCACCCCCACCCCUAAACUGAGCCCAUGGCCCGUCUCUCCCCCUGGAGCUGCGGCACCCAGACACCCAGGGGCCCCUCAGCGCCCUGCCAAGCCCUGGAGUGGGGAGCAGUCACCCGCCCUCCCCCAGGCUCAGCUGAGGGACAGGGUUUUCAGGCUGGAUGUCCUGUCUCUGUGAGGGCGGCUCCCUAGGGUCGUCCCCACUGCGGGGCAGCAAGGGCAGGAAAGAUGUCCCUGCCCUCGGAGACCCUGUGAGGGGACGGGGCCAGGGUCCCCACCGCACUGACCGGUGGCCUGCCCCAGACCAUGGUGGUCUCAUCCCUGGCCCAGCCCCACCUCUGUUGGCGCUCGGUUCUUGGCGCGGGACUCCCCCUGCCCCUUCUGUCCUGACGCACGGGCCUGACCAGGGUUGGGCCGCGCCUGCCCGGCCCGCCACUGCCGUCUGGCGGGGUGAACGAGGGCAUGGCCGGCCCCGCCUCCGGGGUUUGGCUCCUGCCCACAGCUGACAGCGGGAGUCGCCGCCUGUCUGUGCUCCCUGACUUACUGUGGACCCCUGUGGACCCCUGGGCCCCUUUCUCUUGGCCCUCACACCCGUCCUGGCUGUCCAGCCACAGCUCAAACUGAGGCUGGGGCAGGGGCUCCAAGGGAGAGUGAGUAGGGGCUGGGGGACCUGCAGUGGCCCCCUCAGAGGGCCCGGGGACACCCAGAGGCGGCUGUGUACGAUGGCCGCUUACCCUCCUCCUCCGCCACUCCCAGGGGCCUUUCCAGGCUGCUGUGGCUCCAACCACAACAUCCUUUGGGGUUUGGCCUGCAGAGCCAGGGCGGAUGACCCCCAAAUAGCCCUGGCAGACGGCCCCGGCUCCCGGGGCGCAGCCCGGAGUAUAAACGGGGCUGCAGGCUGGCGGAGGCCGAGUCCAAGCAAGCAGCAGCCACUGACACCAUGAGGUUCCCCGUGCUCCUUGCCCUCCUGGCCCUGGCCGCACUCUGCCUCGCCGAGCAGGCUGACGCAAAGCCCAGCGGAGCAGAGUCCAGCAGAGGAACAGCCUUCGUGUCCAGGCAGGAGGGCAGCGAGGUGGCGAAGCGACUGCGGCGCUACCUGGAUCCCGGGCUGGGAGCCCCAGGCCCCUACCCGGACCCCCUGGAGCCGAAGCGGGAGGUGUGCGAGCUCAACCCUGACUGUGACGAGCUGGCGGACCACAUCGGCUUCCAGGAGGCCUACCGGCGCUUCUACGGCACGGCCUAGGGCCCACCCGCUGCCUGCAGGACCCGCCAC